GUUGAAGAUACAAUUUUAAUUUGUACUAUAAAAAAGUAGUACAAAAAUAUAUAGGUAUAAACGAAUUUGUUCUACAACGCCAAAUGAAUAAAUUCAGUUUGUAUAAAAAGGAAAUUAACGAAAUGAGUAGCAUAGCUAGAAAGCUCAGUAGACAAGUGGUAUAGCUAAAUGCUACUAUAUAUAGUGACGGUGAUUGUUAUGGAAAGUUGACCCUCAAAAGAAAGUGAGAGAGAGGAAGGAAAUUAAAUCAAAAGGAAAGACACAAGCAAUCGGAGCAAGUAAAGUCGCCGGAGAAAUGGAUGAACUUGCUGCACUUUCCCUCGCCGUCUUCAUACUAAUAGCGACCAGCUGCGUCACUAUUCUCAUAGCCCUGACCCGAAAGCCCAAAACCAUCGCGCCGCCGCCUGAUGGAGCUGGCCGUCGAACACGGGCCUCUUAUGCAACUCCAGCUAGGAGAAACCUCCACCGUCGUCGUCUCCUCGCCGGAACUAGCCAGGGAGUUUCUCCAAACCCACGAUCUCAACUUCGCCACCAAACCCUUCCUACCUUCCGCCGCCACCCUUCUCUACAACGGCCGAGACAUCGCGUUUGGGCCUUACGGAGACUACUGGAGGCAGAUGCGGAAGAUCUGCGUCGUAGAGCUGCUGAGCCCAAAACGCGUCAGGUCGUUCGGCCCAAUUAGGGCCCAAGAGGUGAACGAGCUUGUGAGGUCUAUAUCCAUGGUAGCUGCGGGAGGAGGGCAUGAGGAGGCUAUAAACUUGAGUAAGUCGCUCUUCUCCAUAACCUAUAGGAUAACUUGCCGCACGGCCUUUGGGGAGAAGGCCCAAAACCAAGAGGAAGCCUUUUUGCCGGUUCUUCAGGAGAUUAUGAAGGCACUUGGUGGGCUCAGCCUGUGGGACUUGUUCCCUUCCAGUAACUUGGUGCGUCUAGUGAGCGGGACGGAGAGGAAACUGAAGAAGCUCCAUUUGGAAGCUGAUGUCAUCCUCGAACAAGUGAUCGGCGACCACGUGGCAAGACGAAGAACAGAGAGAGUUGAUGGUGGUGGUGUCGAUGAUCAUGAUAAGGAUCUUGUUGAUGUGCUUUUGAACCUUAGCAGCAAGAAUCAUGGCCUUGGAUUCUCCAUCACCCACUUAGAGAUUAAAGCAGUCAUACUGGACAUGAUUCUGGGAGGGAGCGACACAUCGGCGGUAACGGUGGAAUGGACAAUGUCCGAAUUGAUGAAGCAUCCAAGAGUGAUGGAAAAAGUACAAAAGGAGGUGAAAGAGAUGUUUGAUGGGAAAAGAAUGGUAGACGAAGCGGACCUUGAUGAGCUGCACUAUCUCGAUAUGGUUAUCAAGGAAAGUCUAAGGCUACACCUAACAACAAAGUUGAGUUGGGGGAAAUGAAACCCUAGAAGUCUUAGGUGUUUCUCAUUCAUACUUGGGUUUAAAUAGGCAAAAGCUUUGCACUACAAGACAACAUGUGCAAGCUAGCAUUUGGAGACUACAAAGAUAAAACAUUAACUCAAACUAAAGUCUAAACACACAUUGACAUUAAACUAAACUUGAUGAUGAUGAUUUCCUCUAAACCUUGUCGAUCCACUUUGACAUUCAUGGUCGCCGGUUUGAGUUUUGACGAUAACUUGAAAUAUCUCCUGAUACCCCCCCGCAAGCGGGUGAGCACAGAAUGUGCACACCAAGCUUGGAGAGAAUACAGUCUGAACUUGAGAAUGUUGCUGCACUGUUGGCUAGCUAACUUCUCUUCAAUCUUCAAAUGGUGAAGCUGCUGCAUCUUGCUAGCUAACUUCCCAAACAUCUUCUGAAAAGCUGCUGCAUCUGUGGCUAGCUAGCUAUGAAAACUUCUUCUUCUUCAACUGGUGAUACCACUGCAUCUUUGGCUAGUUGGCAUCCCAUCUUGAUCUUCUUCUUCUUCUUCUUCUCUUCACCUUCUCUUCUUCUUCUUCAACUCCUCAACCCCCAACUCAGCUUUGUAGCUUGAGUUUCUCCAAUUGAACUCGGAUAAGCCGCUGCAUUUGUAGCUAGCUAGCUUUCCGGUAUUCUUCUUCAACUCCUCAACCCCCAACUCAGCUUUGUAGCUUGAGUUUCUCCAAAUAAACUCGGAUAAGCCGCUGCAUCUUUGGCUAGCUAACUUUCCAUUCUUCUUCUUCAACUACUCAACCCCCAACUUCAGCCUUUGUAGCUUCAGUUUCUCCAAACAAAGAUGGGAUAUGCUGCUGCCUUUUCUUUUGCUAGCUAGCACUCCGAUGAUCUUCAAAUGAAAUUGCCGCUGCAUCAUGGCUAGCUGGCUGAACUUCACAUCUUCAGCUUUUUUUGUUGCUUGAGAUGGAUCUUCAAAGUGGUCCGGAUAUGCUGCUGACUUUGCUAGCUAGCACUCCAUCCGAAAUUUUGUUUUUGUUUUUUUGAAAUCAAUAGGGGAGUGCUCUGUUGGCUACUUCCCUCUGCUUCGACUUGAUGAUGUGAUGAUAUGCUGCUGCUGAUUUUGAGCUAGCUAGCAUUCCAAAGAGAAUAAUUUUGACUUCAAACUCAACAGGGGAGCCUUUUAGGCGUCUUCCCUCUGCUGCAAAUGUGGCUGCUGCCACUCUCUUCCUCUUGCUGAAACAGAACCAAGGACUUUGGCUUGUGACUGCUUCUGCUGAAACACUGCUUCUUCUCUUUUGAUUGCUGUUUUUUUUUAAUAUGCUGCCCCUGAACUUGCAGCACCUUUUUUCUUCUUUUUCUGCUUACUGUGAAUCAGUAAGAGAUUUGAGACUUGGUCUCCUGAAGAUUUCCUCCAACCAAUCCAAUAUUGACAAUCUGAUCAUUCUUCUCCUUCUCAAUCACAGUCUUCCCAUCAUAAAAGAACUCACUCACAAUUUUCAGAACGUCCAUUUCAUUCAUGGACAAAAUGACAUUGACACUAAUCUGAAAUUUGUCAUGAUUCUCAAAGAUUUUCUCGGCAGCCUUCAAUUGCUCAUUCAAUCCAUCAAUUACAACCUUGGGUUCAAGAUUGUUACCUUCCUUCCGAAGAAAUUCUCGAUCCUUAA